AUGAGCAACAAUGACACUACAAAGAAGCAAAUGGAGAGCAGCAAAAGACCAAUAGAAGAUGAAAAGCCAACAAAGGCAGAUGAAGCCGAGGAUCAAGUUGUGAUGCCAAACAAGGACACUGAGAAACUCAAAGAGAAGAACAACCAACCACACAGUUCAAAAGAAGUGAUUCAGGGAAAGCAGCAAGUGGGAAAGAGCAUCACACCUCCACUGCCAUAUCCCCAGAGGUUCAGCAAAGAAACUAAGGACCAACAUUUUCAUAAGUUCCUUGAGACUUUCAAGAAGCUGGAGAUCAAUAUUCCCUUGGCUAAAGCACUUGAACAAAUGCCUCUGUAUGCCAAGUUUUUGAAAGAGCUUAUCAACAAAAAGAGGAGUUGGCUUGAGAAGGAAACUGUGUUACUCACCGAGGAAUGCAGUGCUGUGAUUCAAAGAGGCAUUCCACCAAAACUCAAGGAUCCAGGAAGCUUUGUAGUCUCAUGCACUAUUGGCAGAAUGGUUCUCAACAAAGCUCUCUGUGACCUUGGUGCCAGUAUCAACCUGCCUCUCUCAAUGAUAAGAAAGCUUGCCAUAGAAGAGCUUAAACCCACCAGGAUGUCAUUGGUCAUGGCUGACAGAUCAAUCAAAACACCCAAUGGAAUUGUGGAAAACCUGUUGGUGAAGGUUGGGGAGUUUAUUUUCCCAGCAGAUUUUAUGAUUUUGGAUACUGAAGAGGAAGGAAACAAUUCAAUCAUUUUAGGAAGGCCAUUUUUAGCCACAGCAAGAGCCAUCAUUGAUGUAGAAAAAGGAGAGAUGAUCUUCAGGGUCCACAAUGAACAAAUGGUCAUAAACGUUUUCAAGUCAAUGCAACACAUUUCUGAGCAAGAGGACUACGUGAAAGUGGAUAUGAUAGAGAGUUUGGUGGAAGAAAUGUUGGAAGAUAACCCUCAAGAGCAAGAAGAAAAUCAAGAGACAACAGAGGAACAAGUAGCCGAGAUGUCUAUUGAGCAAGAGGAAAAACAAGACAAGAAGGGAGAAGUACGAAAACAAGAACUGAAGCCAUUACCCACCCAUCUCAAAUAUUCAUUCCUGGGUGCAUCAGAGAGCUUCCCAGUGAUCAUCAAUUCGUCCUUGACAAAAAAGGAAGAAGGAGAACUUCUUGAU